AAAAGAGAGAGAGGCAGUCUCUGGAAGAGAUGGAAAUGUUUUUUUCCAUUGUUCAAGCAAAGAUUGAGGUUUAUCCAGUGACAAAAACUGCCUAAGAUCCUACAACUGAAUGAAGGAGAAAUACAGAGAGGUGGCUUUCACUGCUGAUGGAGGAUUUCCCAGUAUCCCCAGACCUUUUGAAGAGAGUACCUCUGCCCAGCAGUUUCUUCUUCCUCACACACCUCCUCUUCCUUCAGCAUGGGGUGGCAAAUUCAGAGGAGGUCAAGGUGAUAGGCCCUGGGGAAUCCAUUCUGGCCAUUGUUGGGGAAGAGGUGGAGUUCCCGUGCCACCUGUCACGGUACCAGGACGCUGAAGACAUGGAGAUUCGCUGGUUCCGGAGCCAGUCCUCCGAUGUGGUGCACCUGUACAAAGGGAGGCAGGAGCUCUUCAGCACACAGAUGGCACAGUUCCAAAACAGGACCAAACUUGUCACGGAGAACAUCAGCGUUGGCAGCGUCAUCCUGGAGCUCCGCAGCAUCGUUCCAUCAGACGAGGGCCGGUAUGGAUGUAGCUUUCUCUCCGAUGACUUCUCUGGUGAAGCCAUCUGGGAGCUGGAGGUAGCAGGGCUGGGCUCAGACCCUCAGAUCUCCCUUGAAGGCUUUAAGGAAGGAGGCAUUCAGAUGAGAUGCAGCUCCAGUGGCUGGUACCCCAAACCCAAAGUUCAGUGGAGAAACCACCAGGGACAGUGCCUUCCACCGGAGUCUGAAGUCAUUAUCCGAGAUGUCAAGGGCCUGUUCAGUCUGGAAACAUCCGUGGUUACCCGAGGAGAAGCCCAUAGCAACAUGUCCUGCUCCAUCCAGAACCCUCUUCUGAUCCAGAAGAAAGAGUUUGUGGUUCACUUAGCAGAUGUAUUUCUACCCGGAACUUCCCCGUGGAAGAGUGCUUUCUUAGGAACCCUGGUGGCACUGCCGCUACUCCUGGCCCUCCUCACGAUGCUGGCGCUGUACUACUUGCACAAGCAACAGCAGUCUCAAGAAAAGCUAAAGAAACAGACAGAGAAGGAACAAGGAAAACUGACUGCACAACUGAAGAAGCUUCAAACAGAACUUGACUGGAGAAGGACUGAAGGUCAGGCUGAGUGGAGAGCAGCACAACAAUAUGCAGUGGAUGUGACCUUGGACGCGGCCACAGCGCACCCCAGCCUGGAAGUGUCCGAGGAUGCCAAGAGUGUUUCUUCUCGCCCAGCGGCAGCGAUCCCGGCUGCUGGCGAUCCGCAAAGGUUCACUGAGCAGACAUGCGUGCUGAGCCGGGAGCGCUUCUCUACUGGUCGCCACUACUGGGAAGUGCAUGUGGGCCAGCGCAGCCGCUGGUUCCUGGGAGCGUGUUUGGCAGCUGUGCAACGCUCAGGACCCGCACGCCUGAGUCCGGCUGGUGGAUACUGGGUGAUGGGGCUGUGGAACAGCUGCGAGUACUUCGUCCUGGACCCACACCGCGUAGCGCUCACUCUGCGCGUGCCUCCGCGGCGUGUGGGCAUCUUCCUGGACUGUGAGGCGGGAAAGCUGUCCUUCUUCAAUGUGUCAGAUGGCUCCCAUAUCUUUACCUUCACAGAUACCUUCUCAGGGGCUCUCUGCGCAUAUUUCAGGCCCAGGGCUCACGAUGGUGGAGAACGCCCUAAUCCACUAACCAUCUGUUCCCUGAGGGCUAGAGGGACGUGCGUUCCAGAAGAGAAUGACACGGACUGCCUGUUACAGCCCUACGAGCCCUCGGAUCCCGCCCUGGGUCUGUGGUGAGGCUCUGUCCUGGCCACAGGACUGGGGCCUGGGAAGCUUCCUGGAAGUCCAGGUUAGCGCUUGUCUCUCUCGAUUCCUCUAGAGUCAACAAAUGCACCAACUAAAACAAUGAGCAAAGCCUAAACGGUCAGAGCAGCGGAAGGGGAACGAAGAAUGGGAGUAUCUUUGCCUAUGCAGAGGUGUAUAUAGUGUUCCUUAAAGAAAAGGGGCACUUUCAAAGAUAGUUUGUAUAUAAGACUCAGCUAAUGAAUAAAAAUAUCAUUGAUGAUGCAUGGGAAACAGGGUACUCAUAUGGGAGAUGGGGUAGAAAAUGUAAUGGGGAAGAGGGGUGAGGGAGGCAUUGUUAGACUGGAUUAUAAGUAUAUACUUCAUAUAAUUGGCAUAUACUUUUUGUAUAUAUUUGCUAGUUCUACAACAGUUUAUCAGCAAUGACAUCUCAUAAACAAUGAGUUCACCUAUGGCUCAGUUCCUAGCUUUAAACACUAGUAGCUACUAAAAUAAAUUUGGAGAAAUGGCUGAUUCCAAGGGUGGGGCAGAGGAAGUACUAAAGCCUGGACAGAAACUGAUGGGCAGGAGGAACAAGUUCAAGAGUUUUAUUGUACAAAAUGGUGACUAUAGUUAUUAACUGUGUAUUGCAUGCUUAAAUAAUCACUAAGUAAAUUGUAAAUGUUUUUAUCAAAACAAAAAAUG